AUGCCGGUCCUCUUCGUCUACGAGAAGGACCUCGUGGACCCGAGGCCUCAGAUUCCUUCACUCGAGGGAAGAAGCACAGCAGGCCUAGGCAAGGCCACGAUCCUCGCCCUCCUCGCCCACAACCCUUUGCACGUCUACUUCUCCGGCCGCUCCCUCGCCGCCACCGAAGCCCUCAUAGCCUCCGUCACCGCCUCCUCGUCCUCGCCGCCGCCGCCCCUGACCUUUGUCCAGAUGGACCUCGCCUCCCUCGCGACCAUCAAGCCCGCCCUCGCCGCCUCCUUCGCCCACGACCGCCUCGACGUGCUCAUCAACAACGCCGGCAUCAUGGCCGGCCCCGCCGGCCUCAGCGCCGACGGCUACGAGAUCCAGUUCGCCACCAACCACCUCGGCCACGCCAUGCUCGUCCGCGCCCUGCUCCCCGUCCUGCGCCGCGCCGCCGCCCUCCCCGGCUCCGACGUCCGCGUCGUGAACCUCACCUCCGUCGGCUACCAGGGCCACCCCUCCGACGGCAUCUCCUUCGCGACGCUGCGAACCACCCAGGCCGGGCCGCCGAUCCUGGGGCAGUGGACUCGCUACGGGCGCGCCCAGUCUCUAAUCGGCGUCAAUAAUGUGAUGGCAACGGACAGAGAGAAUAAGGAUACCAGCCGACAAGCUAGCAUGUCUCCCCUCCCUCGCAGACAGAGCAAACUCGCCAACAUGCUCUUCACCCGCGAGCUCGCCCGACUGCACCCGUCCAUCACCGCCGUCGCCGUCCACCCGGGCACCGUCGGCACGGGUCUCGUCGCGAAGCAGGGCCUCCUCAACCGCCUCCUCGUCCACGUGCCCAACAAGAUGGCCGGCGCGCCCAUCCUCACGCCGGAGCGCGGGUGCUGGAGCCAGGUCUGGGCCGCCACCGCCGCCGCCAGGGGGGACCUCGUCAGCGGCGGCUUCUACUUGCCGGUCGGCAGGCUGGCCGACAACAAGCUGGACCGGUUCGCGACGGACGACGAGCUGGCGGGCGAGCUGUGGCGGUGGACGGAGGGCGUCUUGGCCGGGCUUGACUGA